GUAAGGGGCGGGAUUUAACUGUCGUAGCAGAAAGUAGGCGGAGGAUUUUCCUUUCCUGGCUGAACUUGGCUAAAAGUGUCACCAGGACGAAACAGACAGACUUUACUAAAGUUUCUGCCCUGGUGGUCUCCCGUUAUAGACAUGGCCCCCAGCACGCAACUGAAGGAGGCGAUAGCCGAUGUGCAGGAGGGGAUUCGUGCCAUCCUGCUCGGACCACCCGGAGCCGGGAAGGGGACCCAGGCCCCUCGGCUAGCAGAGCAUUACUGUGUUUGCCACCUGGCCACCGGAGACAUGUUGAGGGCCAUGGUGGCUUCAGGCUCGGAGCUCGGCCAGAGGCUCAAGAAGACCAUGGAUGCUGGCAAGCUGGUCAGUGAUGAGAUGGUCGUGGAGCUCAUAGAGAAGAACCUGGACACGGCGCCCUGCAGGAACGGCUUCCUGUUAGACGGAUUCCCUCGCACAGUCAAACAAGCAGAGAUGCUGGACGACUUGCUGGACAAGAGACACGAGAAGCUGGACUCUGUGAUCGAGUUCGCCGUUGAUGAUUCUCUGUUGGUCCGCAGGAUCUGUGGCAGACUAAUUCAUCAGCCAAGUGGCCGCUCAUACCAUGAGGAGUUCAACCCUCCCAAAGAGCCCAUGAAGGAUGACCUGACUGGCGAGCCUCUCAUCCGCCGCAGCGACGACAACGAGACGACGCUGCACUCCCGUCUGGACGCCUACCACCGGCAGACCGUCCCUCUUGUGCAGUACUACAGUGCCAGGGGCCUGCACACGGCCGUCAACGCUUCCCUGAGUCCAGAUGUUGUCUUCGCCUCCAUCGUAGCUGCCUUCUCCGCUGCCACGGAAGAACCCGCCCGUGCCGUCGCCUCUGGUUGAAUGCUGGCCUGCUACAUUCCCACCAAGGCGAAGGAUUGGAUUUUGGCAAAAGAUCUCGGGUGGGUGGACAGACGAAGGGGGGGGAGGGAGGGGGGUCAGAAAAUGGAGGGAAUCCUUAUACUUUAUAUAAGUAAUCAUGUUGCGGUGCUAUGGGGCUUGUAGUUGUCAUAUUCCUCAUGUUUCCCCUUUUAAUAAAUCUCAUGCUUUCCCUGAAAUCUUCAAAUUCUGUGAACCUUUUUUUUUUUUCUUUCUUUUUUUUUUCUUCACCUGACCCCUCACGUUUGUAUCUACAACUGCCAUUUUGAAUUGGCAGUUGUAGAUAGAUAUUAGACUUGUUAACUAAUGAAAUGACCUAGGCCUCUUGCUGUAAAAUAAAUGAGACAAAUGCAGA